AUGCAACUUGUCGACGAGCUUUCCAUGAUCUACACCACUUGUUUGAUGUGCUAUGCGUCCUUUUCUUACUCGAGACCGACAAGCGUCCGUGUCUUCCUAGCCAUUGCGCUGACCAGUCUGGCCGUCUUCAUCACCCUCUAUUACCACUACCUUCAGGACCCUGUCUUCCACCAGAAUGCAUAUGCUAUCCUGACCAUUGUCGUCGUCCUGCGGAGUAUGUACACCAUGGAAGUAACCCUUCGCCCUAAAUGGCGACACACUACCGAGGAGGACCGGCUAGCGCGCGAGAAACAGGGUCUGCCCAUUCCUUCGAAGGAGCAUCAACAUUACGAGAAUGUACGAGAUGUCAAGAUUCUGAAGACUAUGUGGUUCAUGGUUAUUUAUGGGCUGAGCAUGUUCCUCGGCGGCUUCUUUAUCUGGAACUUGGAUAACCACUUUUGCACUAAGAUCCGCGGAUGGCGCCGGGUAGUGGGGCUUCCGUGGGGUAUGCUCCUUGAAGGUCAUGGCUGGUGGUAUGUUUUCCUUGCCCUUGUUCUUUUUCUUUUCUGCACCGCUGCAGGUGUUCGCUCAGGAAUAUUACCUGUGGUGGCCGCAUUUCUGGAACUUUCCGGAGAUCAUCCGUAUUGGCUCCAAAGACAAGGGCGAAAAUGCGAGCAGUGUGGCCAGGAGCUACGGUGGCUUGGCUAUGACCCUGGUAUUUGUGUUUUGUUUAUUCAUAGACAUUGGUUUUGGCCUGGCCAGGACCUUCUUAUUAUAGAGAACAGGAUGAGAAAAAUGAAGAUGGUGUUACAGCUCACAGCGUGA